AUGGAUUCAGGCGACGAUAUUGCUCCGAUAGCCAUUCUCAUGGACGAACUUCGUUCAGAGGAUGUGCAACUACGCCUCAACGCCAUUCACAGCGUGCCCACCAUCGCUCUUGCUCUUGGGCCGGAUCGGGCACGUGAAGAACUCGUUCCUUUCCUACAAGACUCUGUUGACGAUGAAGACGAGGUUCUACUGGCACUGGCGGAAGUGCUUGGUCGUGGCUUCGAGGGGUAUAUUGGUGGCAAAGAAUUUGCCCAUCUUUUACUCGGUCCACUCGAGAAUCUCUCCGCCGUUGAAGAGACUCUCGUUAGAGAUAAAGCUGCAGAGUCCAUCACCAAAAUUGCCGCUGUCCUUUCACAGGCUCAAAUAGAAGAAUACUACAUCCCCCUCCUGAAACGUCUUUCUCAAGGAGAAUGGUUCACAUCACGGACAUCAUCUGCUGCUCUCUAUCCCGCCGUCUACGCCAAGGUGUCUACCGCAGUCCAGGACGACCUUCGCAAGAGUUAUGUUGCAUUAGGGUCGGACGACACACCCAUGGUCCGCAGGGCGGCAGCUAAAUGGCUAGGGGCUCUGCUCGCCCACUUUUCUCCACAACACGUCUUGUCCGAUGGCCUCCCCAUAUACCGCAGACUCCAAUCCGACGACCAGGACUCGGUCAGACUACUUACCGUCGAGGAUUUGAUUGCUCUAGCCAAACGUCUUUCUCCAGCUGAAGUCAAGGAGCAACUCUCCAAACAGAUUCGACAAAGUAUUGGUGAUAAAAGCUGGCGCGUGCGGUACAUGGCUGCGACCCAUUUCAAUGAGCUCGCCGAUGCAGUCGGUGCGGAGUUGGUGCGAGAAGAGCUGACUGCCCAAUACGUGCAACUAUUGAAGGAUAACGAAGCAGAAGUCCGAACCGCGGCUGCUGGCCAAAUUCCUGGCAUGUGGAGUUUCUCUAAGCUCCUCGACAAAGACGUCAUCUUGGCCCGUAUUGUACCUUGCGUUCGCGAUAUGUCUCAAGACUCGUCGCAACAUGUCCGCGCUGCUUUGGCGAACCAGAUCAGUGGCUUAGCACCUUUGCUGGGCAAAGACUCGACUAUUGAACACCUCCUUCCCCUCUUCCUACAUCUCCUCAAAGACGACUUCCCUGAAGUGCGAUUGAACAUCAUCAGCAAAUUGGAGACUGUUAACGACGUGAUCGGCAUCGAACUCUUAUCGGAAACGCUCUUGCCUGCCAUCGUGGAACUCGCAGAAGACAAGUCCUGGCGCGUGCGCCAGGCUAUCAUCGAGUAUAUACCAUUACUCGCUAACCAACUGGGAAAACCCUUCUUCGAUGAACAACUGGGUAACCUUUGUAUGUCGUGGCUUGGCGACACUGUUUUCAGUAUCCGAGAAGCUGCCACGGUAAACCUCAAGAAACUCACCGAGGUUUUUGGAGUCGAAUGGGCAAAAGUUCAAAUUGUGCCGAAGAUUAUGGGCAUGGGUCAGCAUCCCAACUACUUGUUUAGAAUGACUACUGUUCAGGCCAUCACGACAAUUGCUCCGUCACUCACCUUGGACAUUGUCGGCAGCGAGAUUAUUGAUCCCUUGCUACUGUUGGCAUCCGACGCUAUUCCCAACAUUCGUUUCAAUGUUUCGAAGUCGUUGGAGGUUCUAGCUCUGGCUUACGGUAACACGCCCACUGGCCACGAGUUCGUUCAAACACGAAUCGUGCCUUGUCUUGAACACCAGAAAAACGAUCAGGAUGCGGAUGUGCGGUAUUUUGCAGCGCGGGCACUCCAGAAGGCCCAGUCUGUUUUGUGA